CAUAACAGGAACCAACGCUGCUUUCAGGACACUUCAUCUCCUGCACCGGCGUGGAAAACAGGUCUCAUGUUGCAGCCGGGGUUUAAGCAAACCUUAGUUAACCGGGCAAUUAUGACAUUAGCUAAAAAUUAUAAUAUGUAGUAAGCUAAGGCUUUUUUUUACCGUCAGAGGUGAAGUGAAGACUAAUGUUAAUCGACCCCGAAUUCUUUGGCCGCUUGUUUUCGGUGUGUAGCGGCGUGUUUCUGAGGUGAGGGAGGGAGAGAGAGAGUGAGGACAGAAGGCCAGAGCUCUAAUGCGCUCUGCUGUGGUGAAAGCUCGAGCGAGGUAACCACAGAUAAACAGACGCUAGCUCGACGAUUCACACACACGGUGCUGUAUAACGGGACACUCUUUGUCGAAGCCGAAGAUGUGGCGUGUGCUGGUGUCCGGUGCCGUGCUCUUUCCCGGCUUGUUUCUCGCCUUUCGGAAAGCCCUGCCAGCUGUUUUCAAGCGGUGGACCGAGGCGGACGUCGUGUUGGUCAGUGAAAGGCUGGUCUCCUCCAUUCAUGCCAUUAUGGCCACAACGGCCGGGAUCGUCGUGGUGUCCUCAUGUAGGGGCAAUGUGAUAACAGACAGGCACUGGCUUGCCACCACUUUUGUCAUCUGGUAUGGAGUUCCCUACAUGUCAUAUGACAUCUUUGCCAUGUACCUCAGCCACUACUAUCGUUUCUGGGUCAAAGGUCAUGAGGACUACAAAGGGCACUCUUUAAGGACGGUCAACUCAUUUGUGAGGAAAGAGUUCCUUCUGGUGCUUCAUCACAUCGCACUCCUCACCAUCCUGCUGCCUAUUACGCUGUUCUUUAGGAAAGAGCAGGGUGAUUACUUCAUUGGCUGCCUCUUCCUUACAGAGCUCAGCACACCUUUUGUCUCACUGGGCAAAAUCCUCAUUCAGCUUGGAAUGCAGGACUGCUGGUUGCAUAAAGUGAAUGGAGGCAUGGUGCUGCUGAGCUUCUUCCUGUGCCGCAUUGUGCUUUUCCCCUACAUGUACUGGGUGUAUGGUGCUCACUAUGGCAUCCCGGUCUACAGUGUGCCCUUCCAUAUCCCGCUCUCAGCAAACUUGGGCAACCUCUGCAUCCUGGCGCCCCAAGUCUACUGGUUCGUCCUGCUCUGCCGAAAGGGCUACAGGCUCUACAAGCGUCAGUGCAGCACCAAAGGCCAGGAUUCACCCUUAUCCUCAACAGAGCCACUUUCCAAAGCAGAGUAGAGCUAGGAUAAGUGGCAUGGCAAGGCAAUGCAACAACCAACCCACAUCACCACCAACUGCUAGGAUACUCCAGUACUGCUUCUGCUGUCACUUAUACUUUAAAUGGAUUAUUAGUAUUUCUCUCUACUUUGCACACACACACACACACACACACACACACGACUGUUACAGUGCUGCUCUGCUGCAAUUAAUUGGAGCAGAUGCCUAGGUUGACCUCUGAACCCACCCUACCUGCAGUUCCUUAUGUCCAAGGGUAGAAGUGUUCAUAAUGAAGCCCCAUCUCAUUUAUCUGUCUUUAUGAUGGACAGAUAUGCAAGGAUAAGGGCUUGAAGGCAGCAGAUGAGUGAAAACAGCUGUGAGAGGGGAGUCCACCUAAAUAAACCAUAUAGGUCAAAGGUCUUGACCAUCUCUCGUUGUUUAGAUAAAGGAGGUUGGAGGAUUGUUCAGAUGUUGGAGUGAUGUUACCUAGAACUGUUUUUUUCCUUCUUUUAUCUUUUGCAACACCUCAGAUCAUGAUAUUCUGCCCUCCUCAGAAGUUAAGGUAUGCAUUUAUGUAUUUUGGAGAGGUUAGGGUUAAAGUAGACGCUUGAUUUCAGACAUCUAUGUGUGACCUCCAAAACCUUUUACUAAUCCUUUUGCACAUCAUUACAGAUCACUCCCUUCAUUAUAAUGUAUUAUGUUUUCAGGCCCCAUCUUCAUGCCAUAUGCCUUUGGCCUUACCCCAUGAGUUUCACUCCAGAAGCCUCAGUGCUUCCCAUAAGUAACCUGUCCACAGCUGAAGUGCUGCUGUUUUCCUGUACGCUUGAUCGACCGUAGUUUUGUAUUCACACACUGUUCUACUGUUACACUUCAUAUUCUUCAUCUACACUCCUCAUUUGAAUCUGUUCAGUUAAAUCACUGCUCCAUCAUACCUUUUGCCCCAUGUUUUGAAGGGCUUCGGAAAACUUAUGACUAUGGGUCUACAAGGGGGCAGUAUGGUUUCUAAUGAUGUGUUUACAAAAUGGACUCCAGGAGUCCACAACCAGGGAGAUGUUACACAAAGCAGAAUUUUCAGUUAACCAGAUAACUUGAGCCCAAAAACAAGAGUUAGGAAAACAGUUUUUUGGACAGUCUUCACUGUGGGCUUAAGAUGUUCAGUUUUACAGAAGAAAAGUCCUUUGUACAAUAAUCACCCAAAUGGUACUAGAGCAGUUGCUCUGUUGACAUGGUGAUGAGGCUUCUGUGACGUUAUGGACUGUUACAUAGUGAGGGUGGGGUUCUUGCAUAGAAGGAAAGGGGGCAUACAACACUUGGCAUAUCUUUCAGGUCACUUAACUCCUGGGGGGCAUCUCUGGGCAACAGAUAAAGCAAUAACACUGGAUGACAAGCAGGGGAUUAUGUGUAGUUAGUGUAGUAGUGCUGUCAGAAUGGGGCCAGGCUACAGAGACUGAAAAGCCGCAUUGCACUGUGCUUGUACAGUUGACCUCUGUAUUCCAGCAGAAAGAGAAAAGUGGCAUCCAUGUGGCUAUAAUGAGUUGCUUGUCUUGUACAUAGGCAUACUCUUGGUACUUUUUUGGUAUUGUUUUAAGCAGAUGACUGAGAAAUAGCUCAGAAGGUAGAUGCGCUUGGCAAUGGUUCCUUUAGUGGAAUCAUGAGGCGGUUUAAUCUCUCUGAGGCUGAAGACUGCAGUUGACCUGUCUAUCCUCUGCCCACUAAUACAUUCGUUCGUAGCAAGUGUUGCUAGGCUAGAUUGAGCAAGCUUUACAGAACACUGGGAGCAUUAUAGUGCACUCAAAUAAGUUAAAACAUUGAAACAAAUCAAAACUAGGCAGGUUGGAAACAUCAAUGACAUAAUUUGCCAACAUGCGAAAGUAACUUGUCUAUAGAUCAAAUGAUGUUCUUGUCAGCAUUCUGUAGAGCUUCUUCAAGCUUGCAAAAAAAAAUUAAUAAAAAAAAAAACGCAUUUGUGGGCAGAGCACCAGUAGGUUAGAGUAAGUUUUCCAGACACAGAUUAAGACUUUAGUCUCAGUCUCCUUUCACUAGAGUUUAAUAACCAGCCUUUAUAGACAUAUUUCCUAUGGUGCACAACUAAAGAAGCAGCAGCUUCUGACCAGUUUUCUGUACACGUGUAAGUUAGCUUUAGCCGUAGCAUGGAACUCGGAGACCUUCUUCAAAGGGCAUUAGCAUUUUCUGAACAUAUUUUUCUGAACACAUUUUCAGCAAAUGCAGAUCACAAAUACUUUUUUUUUUAUUAUUAUAGCAACUUUUAGAUUCAAUUUAAGCACUUUCAACAGCAUGUACCUUUACAAUGUAAAUAUUUAAGGAAAUGACUUGCGUCUCAGAUUUAACAUAAUUUCUAAGCUGAGCUGGAGGUAGUUAUUACUUUCAGUUUGUUUAUUUCAAUAAGAGUGGACGUGAGAGCUGUGAGGUUUAUACAGUAGUAUAUUCAGAUUUUACCUUUUCCCUCUGGAUUGGAACACAAUGUUUUUGGCUUUUCUGUGUAGGACAAGCUCAAAUCAACAUACAAAUGCCCACCCAGCACCUUUUGCAAAGUCCAGCACCCAUUGCAUUACAACCAAAGUUUUAGUUUGGGUAGGUUGACAGUUUUUCUUCAGAAUUUUGUGUUGUCUAUAGCAGUGCACAGCAGUUCAGCAUUUUUGUUCACAUGAUAACUGCUUGUCGUUCAAAAUGGCCAGUUUGUCCCAAAAUGGCCAGUUUGUUUAAAUGUUCUUGGCUCUUGGUUUCUGCCAAUUAGAUGAGGAACAGUUCUGGAUGUCAUUGCCUCAUCAGGCAGAUCAGGUCAAUAGUUUUUUUUAACUGACCUGGACUGAAUAUCCCAAAAGCAUCUUAGCACAAAGAUCAUUCUUAAAUGGUAGAGACAGAACAUUCUCUCUACCAGUUAUGAUGAUCUUACAGUUCCAUAAGCAUCUUAUGAUCUCAAACUUUUUCUUAUUUGGCCUACAUCCUUCCAUCUUCUUCCUGUCACCAGAAAUCAUAACCACAAGCAAAAGUCCAAGAAAUACUUUUGCUCUUGUUGACUUUUCUCAGUCUGUAAUGGAAGGCCUGUUGGAAUCUUCCCACAUUUAACUUUUGAUUCUUUUGUAGUUCAAAGAGAAAAGUGUGUGUGCACUUUUACUUUGAUUGAAAGAUCAUAUACAAGUAGCAUUUUUGGGGAAAUAACUAUUCAAUGUGGGCAUAUCUGUGUGGAAUCAGUUAUUCAGAACUUGAAGGUCAAAAAAAUGCAAACAUAAUCCUGAUAAUCAUAUUUUUAUUAUGCUGAGAGAUUUUUAACAGCAAUAUAUGAAGUCUUAGGCCUAGUCUGAAGUGAGGCUUCCUUUCUGCUCAGGGUUUGGUAUAGACAACAUUAACUGCUGUCUGCAGAGGUUUAUUUUAGAUAUGAAAGUUGAAACUGAGUUUAAAAACCAUUAUAAAAAAAUACACAUCUUACGCUGAAAACAGCCUAGAGGUUUCAUUUGUUUUUGUUGGUUACUGACAUGACUUGAUAUUGCAGCACUAGGGUUGAUAGACCAGAGAUUGUCAGGAACUUUACUCAGCAGUGACAGAUGACUUAAGACAGAAGACGGUAUAAAAGCUCACCUCUACAUAUGAGAUACUGUCUUAGUUUCUGUACGUCUUAGUUUCUGUGCAUCAUUAAAGUAAUAGUUUGAAGAAAAAUGUGAUACACAAUUUUACUCUUGCCUCAAAUAUAGUCAAUCAGCCAAAAUGUUGGGUGUCUGAAGUUUUCCUCAAAUUGCAAAUGUACAAAAUUCAUGCAACAAGAUUGCUAAAAAUGGUAGUAGUAGCCAAGUCAGUAAAGUGUUCACUUGUUGACCAUCCUGGCAACAUCAACAGCCAGUUAUUUUUAUUCAUACACAAGACAAGGGUCAGAUUAAUUAAAUUUGCUUUAAUAAGAAAAAAAAACUUGCACAGGAUCUCAAGACAAACACUAAGACCGUUAUAAGAAUUCUUAAUCUUAAAAAAAAAAAGUAAUUGUUUUCUUAAGAAAAUCUUGUUUCCAAUCUAUAUGUAGGUUAUAGCCAUCAACAUCAUGUUACCUUUCAGAUUACCAGAAAUUAUACCAUAUCUACAUAACCAAUUAUUCACUAUGUAUGUAUGUGUAUAUAUAUAUAUAUAAAAUACACACACAGAUUAGAUAGAUAGAUGGAUGAGGCUUGCACUUUUAUGGCUUAUUUAAUGUUGUUUUUAUUUUUAUAUGUUAAAUUCAGUAAAUAAACAAAAUAGCCUCAAGGCCUUUAGUGCAAAACUAAAUGUUAACAAACAUGUCUUGGCUGAUUAAUUACAUUUAAGGUAAAGGGGAUUUUUCUUUUCUCCAAACUGUUCCUUUAACUGAGAGCUUAUGAAGUCUGAAUACAAAAGUACAGAGAUUUAGGAACAUUGGGUCUCAUUUACCAACCGUUCUUAAGAAUUUCCUUCUUAAAAUCCAUUUAAUGCUAAAACACUAAGAGUAUUUUAGAUUCCAUUGCAUUCUUCUGAGGUUCACAGGUUCUUUUAGUUGUCAUGAGUUCUACACUAUCAGUAAUCUGAGGGCCGCAUACACAUCUUUGUGCUCAGCAUUAGGAGCAAAAGCUGCGAGUUUAGAAUGUGAAUUGCUACACUGAUAUGUCUUUGCUGCUCUGGUUUGAAAACAUAUCCAGACUACUAUGGAGAUCUCAUGGUUUGGAGGGGCUUUCAGUUUUUCAGCGUAGCGUCCUUGCACUGGGACGCUGGGUAUAAUACAAAGAAAAACUGUUAACUUUACAGGAGAGGGUAAAAGCGUUAACUUUCAAUGUAAGUUAAUGUAAAAAGCAGUUUUGGAACAUUUCUGUUGGUCUAGUCAGCAUGAAAUUUUUCACCCAAGGUAAAAGGCAGUUGCUGAGCUAAAAUUUUGAGGAAAACUAAAAAUUGCAAAAAAUCAAGUCAUGACACUAUAUAAUUCUUUAGAUUUUAAAAACAUUAAUAUACAAAUACAGUGUCCUACCAAAAUUUGAAUUCUAAACACCUGUUGUUGUCUAGAUGAAAACUUCUGGACUUGUAACUCAAAUCAAAAAUUUAGUGCCUUGUGUUAAAUCUGUGUGCAAUGUCCACACAAGCUUGGGGCACACCAGCGGUGGUCAGGUUGUAGUCACAGACUGCAGUGUCUGUGGACUUAAAGGGAAUGUUCAUCAAUUUUUCAAAAUAUUUCUUGCAUUUGCUGGUCUUACUUGCCAUGAGAUUAAAGAUUGGGUGAGGGCAAUAACUUUUCUGGAGCUUUAUCUUGACUUUUGACUGUUAAUGUAACAGGAAUGCAUUAGGCCAAAUGGUGGCCCACUGCAAAGAUGAAUAUGUAACAAGUUAAAACUUGGUCCAAGUACUCUUGACCAUUAGUGGUGUUUUUCUUGAAAAACUGGCGAACAUUUUCUUUAAAGAAUGGAUGCAUCAAAACAGAAUAAGGACACCAUAAUCAUCUUUCUUGUUAACAAGUGUUGGGGUUUUUUCCUUUUCUUUCAAGCUAGCAACUUUCCCCUUUGCUAGCCCCUAUAACAUGUCUCAAUUUUAUUAUUUUAAGUCAAAAUAGGUUUGGUGUGCUUUUCUUUUAGUUUAAUGAUAAUGAAAUCGUCAUAAGUACCUCCCAAUUCUUUGAUCUAGCUUGCCAUAGCAUUACGUAACGUGAUCAGUGCAUGAUUAGCUUAGCUAUGCAGCCCAUUAACAUUGAAUGAAAGCAGAAAAAUAGCUGCCCUCCCAUACUUGAACUACAGUGUGACAGUAUCUUAACUAUGCAAGAGGAAGAUUAUCACAACAUUUAGCGCUUCUUCAAACACAUUCCCCUGUUCUUUGACCUCCACAUCCAGCUCUGUUGAGACUACAAAGCAUGGAAGCAAGUACGGGAGGAAGGAACUCCCAAGAGUUGGGACACAACCAGAGCAUGGUGGCAUUUAUCAUUCCCUGAUAUGGGUUUGCUUCCUUUCUGUGAGUCACUUUAUAUUUGGCUGCAGUUUUCACGCAAAGAUAUUCCACACUGACAACCUUUAACACUCCCUGCCUCGUCUUAUUUUUGAUAACAUUCUGAUUUUUCAAAUAUAUUUAUAUAUCAGAUUUGAUAUAUAUAUAUUGGAGUGUUAGUGUGUAGUGUGACCUUUUGAGAAAUUUCUCGUUUGAAAGAGAAUGGGCUACUGCAUGAAAUUAAACUACAUAUGACUGAGAGGAAUUUAUUUUUUUGAAUUUUGUGAAUCCAGACACCCUUUUCAGAGAAGUAAAAUCAUAUUUGCUGGAACUUUAUCUUUGUGUUUCACUUGAUGUUUUGGGUUGAUAUGUGCUUGAUAUUUAAGGUGAUUAAAGUGUUUAGUUAAAGUGGCACUCAAGCCAGAAUAAAAAAAAAAAAUUA